GUUUCGUUUUACCCUUUUACAAACCCAUUCUUAAUAGGCAUAUUAUAUCGACAAUGUUCCGGGACUUGUCAAAAUCUGUACUUCUGAACCAAUGUUAUUACACAACAGAAUUGUUACUCCAACAUAGUGAUUUUGUUGUAGAGAUAUUCCUUGACAGGUUAUAACAGUUGUUUACAAGUGUUUGGAAAUAGAUCUGCGAAUUUUAUUAAGACAUAGGGUAGGAAUAUUGUUGAACUGAGCAGCAUGGCAUGAGAAGAUAUGACAAGUAUAAAAGCAGCUGAACAGAGAGAAAUUAUCCGGGAAAUGUGUAGUGCCAUUCAACAUGGCAGGAUACAUGAUGUUGAAAAGAUUCUUGAUGACAAUGAAGAGUUCAUCAACGCAGAUGAAGGUGGAAAUAUGGUGGCUAAAUCACUUUACAGGAAUUUUCUGAUGUUAGCAAUCGAUGCAUUGGAACCAGAAAUAGCAAAAAUAUUCGUCGAUCGAGGAAUUGACAUCAAUCACAAAUGCUGGGGGGUAAAUGGCAAGCAAUCGGCCAGAGAUCUGGCUGUCGAAAAUUGCCUAGACGAAGUUGUACUCAUAAUCGACAACCGACUUCCCGCUCCAAUGCAACUGUUUUCAGCUGUUGUCGACGGACGCGCCAGCAGAACAAAGCAACUCCUUAGUCAUAUUGACACAGAUGUAAACAUGAAAGUGAAUCAGUAUGGUGAGAAAACACCAGGUUCCUCCGCAUAUACGCUCCUAAUGAUUGCUAUUAAACAUAACCACCCAGAUGUUGCCAAUCUCUUGAUAGAACAAAGUAUAGAUUUGACGUUUCAACACCAGGAAUGGGAGCGACUGAAUCCGGAAAGUGACGAAGUCUUAGUUGCUUCGUACACGGCACUGGAAUUAGCUAUACAAAGAGAUAUGCAUGAUGUGGUUAAAAUGAUUAAAAAUCAACAACUCAAAAAUGCUAGGCCUACCGACAUUGAGACCAACGGAAGUCUUUAUGCGAGGAAAGCAAAACCAACACAACAGCCUGAAGAUAACCAGUUGACUACGUUACAAAUAUCACGUGAUGCCUCGAAACAAACUGCACUUCCAAGAGUAGAACAAGAUCGUUUGAUAAGUAAUCCACAUGCUAUGAACGACAUUAAAAAGGCAAGUGCUGUGUUUUUUCUAUUCGGGAACGGAAUACAAAUUAUAUUACUGCGUUGAGCUUCACAAACUUGAAUAUUAAAUUGUUAAUUUAAGUGAUGUCUUCACUUUGCAUUCCACGUAAUUUUUUACAUCCCCGAUUGAACAAUAAUUUGUACUAGUGUCCAGUAUGUGUUUUCUAUCAAUGUGUUUUCCACAGAUUAACAUUGACAAAAUAUAUUCAAUGGGCCGGUUGCUAAGGUCUCUGAGAACACGUGCGUUGUGUGACAACACAUGUGCUUGUUGGACACGCACACGUAUUCCUAGCACUGUUCUUAUUGGUCAGUCAGUUGUUAAGUUUAAUUGACGCUCCGCCGGAAGGGUCCAUUGGAUACUCGAUGAUUUAUUCAGAUUUUAUAGUACCGUAUAUUUUUAAGCCACGAGGAAUGAUAACAGUGGAGUUGUUGCGUCGCACUGAUAUAAGUUUAUAAAGAUACCCGUCCAACAUGUAGGAGAGUAUCUGCUGUUGAAUGUAUCGGGCUUACUUGAGUUGUUUUUUUUUUUUAAUUAUAGAACUGCGGUAAAAAAAAAAAAAAAAAAAAAAAA